AAAUUUAUCCCCCGCCGAAGAUGAGUCAAAGUAUCCCGUUCUUGAGUUUCGCGUCUAUUUGCUUUCAACAAUUUAUCAACAAUUUAUUUUCAACAACAUCACAACAUGACUUCCGACAUGAGUCCAGAGGAAUCAAUUGCUCUGAUCAAGGCAAAUCUUGCCGAAGUUCUCGACGGAGAUAUUAUCGACAAUGUCAUCCUCAAGGAGAAGCGUCCUCUCAAAGUUUACUGGGGAACUGCAACGACUGGCAGACCUCAUUGUGGAUACUUCGUACCAAUGAUCAAGAUAGCAGAGUUACUGAGGGCGGGCUGUAAUGUGAAGGUUCUACUCGCGGAUAUCCACGGUUACCUGGACAAUAUGAAAGCACCUCUCGAACUUGUCGAAUACCGUGCCAAGUACUACGAACGAGUAAUCAAAUCAGCUUUGAGAGCGGUUGGCGUUGAUUUGAGUCGUCUGGAAUUUGUGCUAGGAAGCUCUUACCAACUUGACAAGCAAUAUACAAUGGACCGAUUUAAGUUGGAAGGUAUCACCAGAAUUAACGUUGCCCAAAAGGCUGGUGCCGAAGUCGUUAAGCAAACGGAUGAUCCAACACUUGGUGGUUUAAUUUACCCUCUCAUGCAGGCUCUGGACGAACAAUAUCUCGACGUUGAUGCACAAUUCGGUGGUGUUGACCAAAGGAAAAUCUUCACCUUCGCGAAGGAAAAUCUGCCAAAGAUUAAUUACAAAGUCAGAGCACAUUUAAUGAACACAAUGGUUCCUGGUCUAGGAGAGGCUGCGAAGAUGAGCUCCAGUGAUGCGGACUCGAAGAUCGACCUGAUCGAUGGCCCAGAGGCUGUUGAGAAGAAAUUGAAGAAGGCUAAGUGCACGCCAAAGGAAGUGGAAGGUAAUGGUGUCAUCGCUUUCGUCGAACAUGUUAUUUUCCGCGCUCUCGCUUUAAAGAACGGAGGCACUUCAAGAUUUGUCGUCGAGAGAAGAGACCAGGAGCCGUUGAUCUACGAGUCUGUGGAGAAGCUGAAGGAAGAUUACAUAGCAGAUAUUCUCACCCCUCAACUUAUUAAACAAAGUCUCACCGCCCACCUUAACGAUAUUUUAAAGCCGAUUAGAGAGGAAUUCGAAGCAUCUCCAGAAUGGCAAGCAAUCGAAGUGCAAGCUUAUCCUCCAGAACAAGGUCCAGUCAAGGUCAAGAAGGCAAAGAAGGAAAUUGAUCCAGCAAGAAAAGCCGCGGCAUUAGCAGCAAGGAAAAAUGUCGUUGCACAGCCAGAUGGACAUGUUGAAGGAAAAGAUGCCCAAAAACUCACUGUUGGGUCAAGCACGGAAGAAACAUUGGAGAAAUUGAAGAUUGCUUCGGAGUCAUAAAUAGAAUUACAAUAUACCCUCAAGCAUUUGGUUGCUUCUCGUACUCUGACCCUUCCCCAAUUCUGAUAUAUACAGUAUCCUACCGGCAUGAUGUCAAGGACUCAAGACUGUGUGGCAACACAACUUGCGCUCAUUCUCCCGGGGCUUGGAACAUCAAUCUAACGAAUAGUGUCUGCCAUCCACAAAGCUCCGUGGAAUUGUUACAAAUGAUCAUCCUAAGCAGGACGUUAAGACCCACAUGACACAAAAUGUCCUAAACCUCGAAUGCUCAUCGG